GCUGUCAGAAAUAUAUAUUUAAUUUAAUGUACGCAUAUAGCAACAGUUCAUUUCUUAGUCAGGAACGAUACCGUUCGCAUCAAUUAUUUGAAAUAAAUUCAUAAUAAAUUCCAUAAAUUAUAUAAUUAUAUUAAAUUUUAAAUUUUAAAUUCUUGAUCAUGACAGACAAUAUCAAGAACAAAACAGCUUUGAUCACCGGUGGAACGGUUGGACUUGGUUUAAUCUAUGCUAAAAGAUUGUUAGAAAAUGGAGCAAAGUGCGUUGCUCUUCUCGAUUUGAGCUCUUCCCCUGGUCAACAAUCGGUAAAUAAUUUGGAAAAAGAAUUUGGAAAGGGCAAAGCGAUAUUCUAUGUUUGUGACGUGAGCAAAAUUAAUGAAUUCGAAGCGGUGUUUAAAAAAGUUGUGAGCGAUUUGAAAGGCUUAGAUAUUGUCAUUAACAAUGCUGGUAUAUACAACGACAAAAAAUGGGACCAAACUGUAUCUAUAAAUGUCAAUGGUGUAAUCCAAGGAUCAUUGCUCGCUUUUGAUCAUAUGAGCAAGCUCAAAGGUGGUAAAGGUGGCACUAUAGUAAAUAUUGCAUCGAUCGUGGCUCUAGAUAUUAUAUACUGUAAUCCUGUUUACUGUGCUAGUAAACACUAUGUAUUGGCAUUCAGUCGUUGCUUAGCGAGAUACUACAAUAAUACUGGAAUUCGCGUUCUUAUAAUGUGCCCUGGUGUUACAACUACGACUUUACUUGAGGAUCCUCUUUCUAAAUCUUUUGAUUUUGUCACGCAAAAUGAUUUUUAUAACUGCUUAGGAAAAGACAUCCCGCAAACGCCAGAACAUGUUGGAGAUGCUAUGGUAAAACUUAUUGAGAAAGGCAAAAAUGAAGCUGUAUGGGUUUCUAAAGAAGGUAAACAACCUUAUGCUGUUGAAUUCCCUCCAUUGAAGAAAAUAGAACUUCAAUUAUAAAGGUCUCCUUAACUAUAGUUAUAGAAAAAGAAAAAUUAUUUUAUAUAGAAUAAAAAAAUGUUAUAAAAAAAUGUUAUAAUUAUUAAUUGUUAAUCAUUUUAUAUUAUUGUUUUUUAUUAAAAUAAAUUUUGUUAUCAAUUGUCUCUAUAUCCAAAGAAAACAAAGAUAAAAUAACAAUUUAUAUAUUUUUUUCUUUAAAUCGAAAAAAUAAAAUUGUAAUGAAUUUAUUGUCUAA